CGCGCGCGCUCCCUGCCGCCCGCGCUGUAGUUUUUUCGGUUGACCAAGGUAGCCGCCGCUCGUCUCGAACGAAUUCACCUUGCGAUGAAUGAAAACUGUGGCGGAUAGUCCUGUGGACAUAUAAAAACUAUUCAGGACACACGGUGUAGUGAAACAGUGAGCCUGCAAAGGUUGAUUCGUGGUGUUGUGUUUUUGCCAGUUCUUCCUUUAUUUUGUGAGACAGGUACAGUGUUUACGUGCAAGUUCGUGGUUGUGUAAAAAUUUGAUUCGUCGCUUUCAUCACUCGCCGUUUAAUGGGAUCUUGUUGAUCAACAGGUGUUAAAGACCGGGCAAGAUGCCGGAGUCCGUGGCCAAGGAGGCCAAGGACGAGGCGAAGGCCAAGCCGAAGGACAGUCCGCGCCGGAGGCCCACCGGCAACCUCGCCAAGAUCAAGGUGGAACUCCUCGAUGGAUCCACCAUGGACUUCGAGGCCGACAGAAAGAUCCGCGGCCACGAGUUGUUGAACAAGGUGUGCGAGAGCCUCAACCUGGUGGAGAAGGACUACUUCGGACUGCUGUACGAGGACCAUGGAGAUCCGCGCGCCUGGAUCGACCUCGAGAAACGCGUCUCCAAGCUCAUCAAACAUGAGCCAUGGGAGAUGCGCUUCGCGGUGAAGUUCUAUCCACCGGAGCCAGCGCAGCUGCAAGAGGAGCUCACGCGUUACCAACUCGUGUUGGCUGUGCGCAAGGACCUGCUUGAAGGUCGUCUCCCAUGUUCAACAGUGACCCACGCCCUCUUAGCCAGCUACCUCCUCCAGUCAGAACUAGGAGACUAUGAAGACUCAGAAGUCGGAGCUGGUCUGUGCAAACAACUGAAACUGGUGCCUCCCAGCGCUUGCACUCCCGAGCUUGAGGAGAAAGUCGUUGAACUGCACAAGACUCACAGAGGCCAGACCCCUGCCGAAGCAGAGCUGAACUAUCUGGAAAAUGCCAAGAAGUUGGCCAUGUACGGCGUGGACCUGCACCCGGCCAAGGACUCGGAGAACGUCGACAUCACGCUCGGAGUGUGCUCCUCUGGACUUCUGGUUCAUAGGGAGAAGCUCCGCAUCAACCGAUUCGCGUGGCCAAAGAUCCUGAAGAUCAGCUACAAGCGCCACAAUUUCUACGUGAAGCUGCGGCCCGGCGAGUUCGAGCAGUUCGAGUCCACUGUUGGCUUUAAGCUGGCCAACCAUCGCGCUGCCAAGAAGCUCUGGAAAACUUGCGUCGAACAUCAUACGUUCUUCAGGCUGAUGAGCCCGGAGCCUCCGCAGAAAUCGACCCUGUUCCCGCGUCUCGGGUCCCGGUUCCGCUACAGCGGGCGCACGCACUACGAAUCCCGCGCCGCGCCGCCGCAGCGCGCGCCACCGCAUUUCGCACGCACACUGUCCAACAGAAAGCUGUCUUCGCGCAGCAUGGAUGCUCUUGCGCAAGGAGACAAGGAUGACUUACCCGAGGCAGCCAAACGCCACACGAUGCCGCCGCAGCCAGCGCCGCGGCCUACCAUCAAGGAUAAGAAACCGCCACCAGGGGCUGUGAAGGUGAUGCCCACUCCUGAGAAGAAAGAAGAGAAGAAGGUAGUCGCUGAACAGAAAAAACCUGCGGAAAAUGGAACAGACACAUCCAGCGAUCCUGGAGUCACAAACAACAUGGAAACCACUCCCAAGAAGUCCAAGACUGGAGGUUUUGGACUUUUCGGCGGCAAGAAAGACAAAUCGCCUAAAGAAGAGAAAUCUCCUAAAGAGAAAUCGCCGAAGGUUAAAGAUAAGCGAGACAAGUCCCCGAAAUCACCUAAAGACAAAGACAAGAAGGUUAAAGAUCCUAAAGCUAAAGUUGCCGUGCUCGAUACGUCUAACGAGAGCUCCAACCUCGAUAGCUCCCUGGAGAAGAGCCCCGUCAAAGAAGAUAAGCCUGGAUUCACUAAGCCGUACGAAUACACAGACACAGAGAAAAGCCCGUCCCGUACACAGCCCGUGCUCAAAGGAGCAUUUAGCUACGAGAAAGAACCUAUUUCUGCAGAGAAACAACGCUCUGCCGAAGAAAGCCAAAGCCCUUCCACUCGCAAAGCUGGACUGGCUUUCAACUACGCCCCAGGAGAAGACAAAAAGGUCGCUGAAAGCGCUGAGAAGCGAAAGACAGCUGAUGACCCGAGCAAGCUUAAGACGCCUGGCAUCGAUUAUGUACAAUCAGCCGCUUUGAAGGAACAGGCUAAAGCGAACGUUAUAGACCCAACUCUUGCUUUACUCAAUGCUGAAAGAGCAAUGCAUGAAACACCAGGCGCCGCGGUCGCCGUUGCUCCGGUAGCAGCUGUUAAACCAGAAAACGAAGUACAAGUAGUCAUUAUCACUGGCAGAUACAAUCCCAAGUCCAAGAAACUUGACGAUGCUAACGGCACUGUCCUUGUAACUAAGGGAACGCUCAACAAAGCGAACGGAAAGAUUCAGACUGAGAAGGAAUUGAUUAACACCAAAUCUGGUCAAAUUACAUACACUAACCCAGCUACCGGUAAGGAGGAGACGAAAAACGGUCAUCUCGAUUCGAAGACUGGACAUAUUCUCUUUACAUCUGGAGUGAUUGACCCGAAGACAGGAAAAAUUGACCCAACAUUGGCCCAACAGUACAGCUUUGUUGAAAAAGCAAAUGACAAAGUUGGUGCUAAGCCCGGAAGAGAAGUAGAUUUAGUUGUCAUUACAGGCAAAUAUGAUGGUAAACAUAAGAAGCUUGACGCUUCUCACGGACAUGUCGAUGUUUCACGAGCAGUAGUAGGCCCUGACGGCAGAGUAUCGUCCAACUACGGAGUAAUCGACCCGAGAACAGGAAAGAUUGACUAUAUCGAUCCUAAGACUGGCAAACAGGAGCCUAAACAAGCAUACGUUGACCAGAAGACUGGCAACAUUCUCGUUACUACCGGUGUCACUGACCCUAAAUCAGGAAAGGUCGACUCUUCUCUCGGUCAGCAAUAUAGUAUUGUUGAGAAGGACGCGACUAAAGCUAACAGGGAAGUUAGAUUAGUCAUUGUCACAAGCAAAUACGACUUGAAGAACAAGAAACUGGACCCUACAUUCGCUCAUGUGGACUCAGUGAAGGGUGUCCUCAGUGGAACUGACGGUAAAAUCUACUCGGAACACGGUGUCAUUGACCCGAGAACUGGCGACAUUCAAGUCACUGACCCCAAGACCGGAAAACAAGAAGUCAAACACGCACAGGUUGAUCCGAAGACUGGCAAUAUUUUACUAAUUUCUGGUGUUGUUGAUCCUAGGACCGGACAGUUAGACACAACCUUAGGACAGCAAUAUAGCAUUGUUGAUAAGCCUACAAAUACCUUCGCCGUAGUGCCUGGAAAGGAAGUCCAACUUGUGGCUAUAACGAGUAAAUAUGAUUCCAAAAAUAAGAAACUUGAUAACCCGAAUGGUUUCGUUGAGACCUCUCAAGCUAUUAUCAGCGACAAGGAUGCGACUGUUCAUACUAACUUCGGUAUUCUUGACCCUAAUAAUGGUAAGGUCUAUUACACAGAUCCGAAGACUGGAAAGAAGGACUCAAAACAAGCUGUUAUAGAUGCUAAGACAGGCAGCUUCAUCCUUACUUCAGGUGUCAUUGAUCCUAAGACAGGAAAAACGGAUUCGUCACUCGCUCAGCAACUCACUGUUGUAGAUAGGGACGCUCCUAAAGGAAUCCCUGAGAGGUAUGUCAACCUUGUGAUUGUCACAACAAAAUACGAUCCCAAGAACAAGAAACUGGAUCUAUCUAACGCCCAUGUUGAUACCAUUCCUGGUAAGAUCGGAGAUGACGAUAAAGUUCAUACGGACUUCGGCAUUGUUGACCCUGCUACUGGUCAAAUAACUAUAACCGACCCAGUAACAGGUAAGCAGGAAGUUAAGAAGGCAUCCGUCGACCCUAAGACGGGUAAUCUGCUGCUUACUUCAGGCGUUGUCGAUCCUCAUACAGGACAAAUCGACCCUACUCUCGGACAACAGAUCAGCGUUGUAGAUAAACCUAAGGACAAGUUCGCUUCAAUCCCUGGAAAGGAAGUGCAACUGGUUGUGAUUACAAGCAAAUACGACGCUAAGAACAAGAGGUUAGACAACCCCAAUGGUCAUGUAGAAACUUCCAGAGGAAUCGUUGCUGGCGACGGCAGGAUCCACACAAACUUCGGUAUUCUGGACCCUAAGACCGGUAAACUAGAACACGUUGAUCCCAAGACAGGGAAGCAAGAUGUCAAACAGGCCGUUGCUGACCCGAAAACAGGACAUUUCAUUCUUACAUCUGGUGUCAUCGACCCGAAGACUGGAAAGUCAGACUCUUCCUUAGCCCAGCAGCUAAGCAUUGUUGAUAAAGACGCGAAACCCAAGGAACGGGAAAUCCAUUUGGUUAUUAUUACUACGAAAUACGACCCGAGGACUAAGAAGAUCGAUCCGAGCCAAGGUCACGUUGAUACUGUUAGCGGAACUAUUGGCCCUGACGGCAAAAUCCGUACCGCUAUCGGAGUGGUUGAUCCUGCUACAGGAGAGAUCACAGUCACAGACCCUAAAACUGGUAAACAAGAGGUCAAGAAAGCCCACGUUGAUCCCGCUACCGGCCACAUGCUCAUUACAAGCCAAGUUGUUGAUCCUAAGACUGGCAAAGUUGACCCGACAUUGGCCCAGCAAUACAGCAUUGUCAAUAAAACUGUUACCCCGAUCGUUAAGCCGGCGUCUAGAGGUGAAGUUCGUCUCGUCAUCGUCACGAGCAAAUACGAUCCUAAGACCAAAACAGUUGAUGCUGCUUCUGGAAACAUAGACGCUUCUAAGGGUUACGUUAGUGCUGAAGACGGCAAAAUUCACACUGACUUCGGAAUUAUCGACCCGAAAUCCGGGCAAAUUCUUUACAAGGACCCUGUAACCGGCAAGCAAGAACUGAAACAAGCUGAGGUUGAUCCUAAGACAGGAAACAUUAUUGUUACCACCGCCGUAGUAGACCCUAAGACCGGCAAAGUAGAUUCGUCGUUCGCUCAACAAGUUACUAUAGUCGAUAAAAAUAAUGUAUUGCCUAAAGUAGCACCUAUUACGGCCACAGUAACGCAGAGAGCUAGCGUGUCCCCUGCUAGACAAGUCCCAUCGCCCGUUAAGACCCCCAUUUCUACUCCAGUACAGACACCUUUGCAAUCGCCCGUACGUACUUCUUCCCCUGUUAUCACAAGCUAUGCUAGACCUCCGUCGGUGACUGCAGUACAAAGAGCGUCGCCUGUUAAGCCCACAACCGCUCCACCUGAACCACCGAAGAGGAAGAUCGUGAAAAUUAUGGUUGUGUUCACUAAGGUCGACCCGAAGACUAAGAAGCCAGACUUACAUACAGCUGAAGUUGAACAUCUGACUGGAAUUCUUGAUCCCAACGGACAGAUUGAAACCAAAUACGGAGUUAUUGAUUCUAACAAGGGUAACAUCGUUAUCACUGACGCUGCCGGUCAGAAACAGACUAAAGAAGGCUCUAUUCUGCCCGAAACUGGACAAAUAUUCAUUCCCGCAGGAGUUAUUGACCCUAAAUCAGGAAAGGCUGAUCCUAACUUAGGAAUGUUACUGAGCGUCGCCAAACAAGACGACCCUGUUGUUGACAUCACAACUAUUACUGGACCAAUUGACCCGAGAACCGGAAAGAUCAAUAUUGAAGCUGGUUCGGUAGAACACACAAAAGGCAAAGUCGAUGCUGAUACCGGCCAUAUUUCUACUAAAUACGGAGUUAUUGAUCCUUCCAAUGGAGUUAUUUUCGUUACCAACUCAUCUGGCUCUCAAGAUACUAAGCCAGUGAACAUCGAUGAGAACAAUGGUCAGAUUACGAUUCGAGGUGCAAUCGAUCCUAAGACAGGCAAACCGGACCCUACUCUUGGACAAUUAAUAGUCGUUGGUACUCAUAUCGACCCUGUAGUCGAAGUGACCACAUUCGUUGGCAAAGUAGACUCAAAGAAAGGCGUCAUCGAGCCUAAAAACUCCGUCAUUGAGAGUACCACUGGUCAACUCAACCCAGAGACAAACAAAAUCGACACAAAAUAUGGACAAAUUGAUCUUGUAAAAGGAACUGUUACGUACAGUGAUCCUAAGACUGGCAAACUGGAAAGCAAAGAGCUUAAGGUCGACCCAGUCACUGGACAGUUCUUGUUGCGCAGUGGACAAGUUAACCCUAAAUCUGGCAAGCCCGAUAAGGAUAUCGGCAGGAUGAUCUGUCUGAGAAUAAUCCAGAACAAAGUCGACCCUGUUUCUGGUAAACAAAUCGUCUCCAACGACCCGAAGAAUGUUAAGGUUGAUCCUAAAACCAACCAGAUUUGGAUUGCAGGACCUAAAGACCCACAGAGUGGAGAGGUCCUGUACACCGCGGGACAGAUCGACCCCAUUACCGGCUACAUCAUCACAAUCUACGGCCGUCUCGACCCCAAGACCGGACUUAUCGUGCGUACGACAGAAAUCGACAAGUCUUUCAUCAAAGUCGACCCAGUCAACGGACAGAUUUACACAGCGACGGGAGAAGUCGACGAGAACAAACAGCCUCUCUACUCCGCUUCGCAAGUCGACCCUGGCACUGGCGAAAUCUACACUAAGAUUGGCAAAAUCGAUCCGAAGACUGGCAAGCUUAUAAUCAUCAGGAUCUUUAUCAUCACUCAGAAGGACGACAAGGGACGCGUCAAGGAAGUUGAUCCUAAGGAAUGUACAAUUGAUGAAACAACAGGAAGGAUCAUCACGACUAAAACAGUGUAUUUAUAUCAGAUCGUAGACCCGGUAACAGGGGAAACUAUUGAUGUCGACCCUGAUGACCCAAGACUCAAGGGAGCAAGGACAACGGUCACACAAACCAUGACGUUAUCUGGCAAAAUCGACCCAGUUACAGGCAGAAUAAAGACGGAAUACGGUGACAUCGAUCCGGAUACGGGCGACAUAGACCCGAGCACGGCAGUCAGGGAUCCGGUAACCGGGCAACUGAUCCUUCACUACUCACAGAUAGACCCAUCUCACUUCGAAGACAAGAGUGGCAACUAUACGAUAGAGAAGGAAACUCAGGACUUACCCGCGAAUAUUGACAUACAAACUGUGAACACGCAUAAGUUCUCGACGUUCAGCAAAGGCGAGAGUCCAGCGAGAGGCGACGAGCCGAAGACCUUCACAGAGUACACGACGAGUGAGCACAUUAGGCACCAAGGAUACGUAUCCUCCACCCCUGUUUCCUCUAAGAUCCCCGUAUCACAGCGAAGCAAGAAGACGCCGACGCCUCCAGUAGUCGUCAAGACGACUACCAAGCAACUACUCACGAAAAAUGACGAAGGCGUCACUCACAAUGUUGAACAGGAAGUGGAAAACCUCGGAACCGGUGAAGUCACGUUCUCAACACACACGAAUAAGGCGGAAAGCCUCGAACCGAUGGAAGGGAAGAGUCCGUACGUGACAGCUAGGGCUGUGACGACCAGGACUGCGACGACACACCACGACCUCGACACGAAGGCGAAGACUCAACAGAUGGAAGAGAAAACCGUAGCCCACACUCUGACGUCAUCAGCCACAAGGCAAGAACAGAGGGUCCUGACACAACAGGUCAAAACCAUGGUCACAACUGGCGAUCAGCUUACUAGACGUGGCUCAGACAGUUCGCUGAGCAGCGGCGAUUCUGGUACUCCGAUCGAUUUCGACGAAGGCGCCGGCGAGGGCCAUUACUAUACCACGGAGCCGGGCUCGUACAGGACGACGACCACUAGCAGUGUUAUCGGCAACGCGCCCUUCGGCAGUAUGGUGCAGAGCGCUACCACCAGGACGAGCACAGGCGCUCCGCCCGCGUCGGUGACAGAAGAGGGCGAGGGCGAAGGCGCGGCCGAGGGUGAAGUAGUGUCCUCGCAGACCAUCAGUUCUAAGACACGCACCGUCGAGACCAUCACAUACAAGACGGAACGCAACGGCGUGGUGGAGACGCGAGUGGAGCAGAAGAUCACGAUCCAGUCUGACGGUGACCCCAUCGACCACGACCGCGCGCUCGCUGAGGCCAUACAGGAAGCCACAGCGAUGAAUCCAGACAUGACGGUGGAGAAGAUCGAGAUACAGCAACAGAGCACGCAACCGUAACACGUGACGCAACGCGCCGCCAUCUUGUAACCUUGUACCACGACUAGACACCAGUCCUUUAAUCCCGCAGUGUUGCCAUGACAGAAAAUUGCGCAUUUAUGAUAAAAAUGUCGUAUUUAAUCUGCUUUUAAAAAAUGCAGUUCGCUAAACAUACGUAUGCUUUACGUAUUUAUUUAAUGUUAUAGGGUGUCAUUUACAUUGGUUGUUAAAGAAUUAAAAAUGUAUCUGGUUAAAAAGAAGCGAUAUUUGUAAGUUUGUGUUACGUGGAUACAAUUUACAAAGAUGGCGGGUCAUGUAUAAACAAUACAUGUAUAUGGAGGUACAUACGAUAGCUAGAUGUAAGCGACAUCACUGCGAAUAUUAAAUAUUAAGUUAUUUAAUUAAACGUUUAUAUUAAUUAAUUAUAAAAGUUAGUUAUUGGAUGUUGUGACGUCAGAACGCACCUUUAUGGUUUGAUUUAAAAAAAAAAAACCGCUGUCGAAUAUUCUAGAAUCGCUCCGAAUCUCCAGCCUUAUCGAGUCGCUUAAGCGGUUCCAGAAUAUUCAAAAGCGGGAAUGCAAUUUUUAUAAAGUAUGUAAAAAUAUUGUAAGUUGACAUUACGGCAUUUUUCAAAGUUUUUUUUUUAAUUAAGGCUUAGGCUAAGGCGAUACAAUUCAACCUUCCAGCUUUGUAGUACGAUGAAUGUUGCCAUAGUAAAAAAUCAAGUGUUUGUGUUUAGGGCGGCUGUGUGUACAGCCUUCAUAAAAAUAUAUUUAAAGUUUCAUAUUAAGAUGUUUCUAAUAUGGAAUAGCUUUAAAACAUGUCACACGAUAAAAAACCACCGUUUCUUUUUAGAAUGUAAUCUUUUUUUUUCUAUUUAAAUCUCAAUCAAUACAAUGUAGCGCGGGACUAAUGAAAAUUGAUUUUAUUACACGUUUGACGAAAUCCUGUAUAUUCUAUCGAAAAGAAUAAUUUUAAAUAAUCGUCUCUAUUAUGAGUUUUAGAGGUUUGUCACAGUGUUUCGUACACUUAUCAUACAAUAUUUUACAUCGUCAUCAUCAGCCCAUUAACGUCCCAACUGCUGGGGCACGGGCCUUCCCUACGGAUGGAUAGGGAGAUCGGGCCUUAAACCAUCACGCGGGCCCAGUGCGGAUUGAUGGUUAUUAACGACUGCUAAUGCAGUUGGGACCGACGACUUAACGUGCCUUCCGAAGCACGGAGGAGCUCGAGAUGAAAACUUUUUUUUGUGGUCACCCAUCCUAUGACCGGCCUUUGCGAAAGUUGCUUAACUUCAACAAUCGCAGACCGGGCGUGUUAACCGCUGCGCCACCGAGCUCCUCAAUCCUAGCUCCUAUUAAAAUCUUUUUUGUGUUUGAUGACAUUCAUAUUUUUAUCAACUACUUACCUAAGAUUCUUUUUUCAAAAGUAAACAAAGAAAAAAUGUAUACUUGUAUAUGUACUUCUGAACACGCGACACUCAUGACCACACCUGGUUUGACACACUGGCGAGCAGGAGAAUGAAACGCCAUCAAACCGAUAACAAUCCACCAGUCGGAGACUUCUCCAGCAGAAUGUGUGGUAGAGUUUGUCUCUCUAGGAUUGGCUUGCACAGCCAUGAAAGAAAGCGCAUUUCUUCCGAGGCAAUGACGUCAUAAAUCGUCUGAAACAGACGUAUAAGGCCAAUGAUGAUAAGUACAGCCAUGAGCAAUAUAAUGUACCCUCUUUAGGACUCUGUCGCACUAACAUAUUCGACAUUUAGUGAUACUUACAGUUCAAUUUGUCAAAUAAGUUAAUGUGACAUGGUACCAAAGUGUAUACAUAUUAAUGCUCGUGACCGUACUUGUAUCAUUUUGAAAAAAAUAGAGUAAAAUAAUGUUACCGAAUAACUGUGACACUAUCUAACACUCGAGUGCUACAAAAACGUAGUUAUGUUGAAAAAAAAAAGAUAAUAUAUAAUAACGUUGCUACCGUUUCUAAUUCUUCACCAUUUAGGUGCUACUACUUAGGAGUAUAGUGUAACAUGACCCUUAUUUUACGCCACUUGUGUGUUAGUGCCCCUAUGUCAUUUAUAAUCUGUCUGUCUGUAAGCUUGCGCAUUUCUCAUGUACAAUAAAGAUAUAAUCAUGCUCAAUACAUUAAAAGUAAUAAAUUAAAAAAAAUAGUUACGUUACUAUUUUCUAUUCUUUUUUAAUAGUACUGUAAUUCGAAAAUAGAAUUUCAGAGAGUCUCCAACAACACAGUAUAAUUAACACAAAGUCAAUAUAUUAUUAUAAAUAUUGACUUCAUAUAUUGUUCUUCGAAACACAAUACAAUAAUUAAUUUAAAUGGAGUGUUUGUCAUGUCUACAUAUUUAUCUCCUCAACUAUUCAAAAAGAAUUACAGCACUAAACAAAAACACAAUACAACAUAUUAAUCAUUUAAAUAUGAAGCUUCUUGGUCAAUGUUUAGAAUUCGCACUUCACACCAAGAUCAGUUAGCGUACAUCACCAUACAUGCACAAGUAUCAUACAAACUUAGAUCAUACAUUUUUUUAUAAAAAAAAUAAUAAAACAGGACAUUCCAGUACAUGAGAAUGACAUCUAGUUAAAACUCGCUAGAUCAUGACGCAAUACUUAUUUCUAUUCAAUGUAAGGUUAAUAAAAAAAUCUAUUAGGUUUUUGUAUGGGUGUUCAAAAUAUUUAUAAUUACACGCAUACCCUCGAAAUAACUAAAAAUGGCGAAUUGUCGCGUUUUUGUAACUUUAAAAAACUUAUAUGAAAAAAAAACUGUCAGAUUUAUAAUUUUCUAGUUAUUAAAAUAAAUAAAACACUCUCGUUGAGCGUGCGCAGUUCAAUCUUCUGUCUAAACCCUUAGUGGCACGGCAUGAACUCUUUUAAAGUUUCAACUUUUAACAUUUGCUUUUCGAUUAUUAUUAUUUUCAAUAUAAACAUUUAAUACGGACAUCAAUAAUUUCUUGACACUCGUAAAAUAAACCUAAUAGUGAUUGAAGUCGAUACUGAUAUUGUACAAUUGAUUACAAUUUAAUAUAUAAUAUAUAUGAUUACAAUUUUAAUAUAUAAUAUAUAACAAACACUCUAGCCGUACGUUUUGUAAUAGCAUAAGUUUAUAAUAAUGCGAGUUACGCUGAUUCAAAAUCAGAUUUUUAAGUGUAAUGCUCCGACCAUAUAUAUUAGUAGAAGCACAGUUCCAUACAAAAAUUAAUCAAAAUGUCGUCACCGCUUUAAAUAUAGUAAACUACUUCAAGUAUUUCGAAAAAUUCCUAAGUGUCGUCGAUCAGAUUAAUUUAAUUUAAACCUUAAGUAACGGAGAUAACUAUGGAAACGCGGUACGCGAAUAAGAGCGAAACGAAGCGCAUCGCUGUCAAAACACCUCUAUUUGGUGGUGCAAUUUUUUAGACGUCAACAGUGCAUCUACCAACAUAUAUGGUCGAACGUGUAAUGUCUCUAUUACUUUUAUAUUUUGACAUAUUUUUUUAAUUUAAUUAAUUGAUUUAUGGGAAUAUUCUCAAAACGUGUCACAAAUGAUGACGUGUGCAGUGUCACAGUUACACUAUAAAACAUAAGUUCAAUUAAUUAUACAGAUUUUGAUGUUAUUGUGACAUGUUUUUAGAAUAUUUUAUUUGUGCGGUCGAUGGGAGGAAUUUUAUAGUUAAUGGAUUUGGGUAGUUUCCAUUUAGUCAACAAAACAAGAAGUUACUUCUUACUUAACAACAAAAGAAUUUAAUAUUUGUAUGGAAUCGUACACUGUGACGCCAUAUAAAAAACGUGAUAAAAUAUCGAACUUAUGUUGCGUUUUUUUCUUUAUUAAACUUAAUAUAUAUAGACAAAAUCGUUAUUUUUUUUAAAUAUUGAAUUAGUUUUUGACUUGUGGUAUGUAAUAAGAAUUAAUAUUUCGUAAUUUAUUUUUGACCUAGAAAACUACCCAAUUAUCCAUGUUAUUUAGAGUUACUACCGGUUUUUGUAGUUAUUCUUAUGGUUUUUUUUAACUUAUGUAUGGGAACUUUCUUAUGAUGCCUUAUGAAACAAUAGUUGAUAUUUUGUCUUGUUUUAUGAAAAUGAAAAAAAUUGGAAAAGUUUUUUUUUUGGGUAUUUGUAUAAAAUCUAUAAAACUUUCCCCCGACCGCCACCACGUCCGUCUUAUGUUAUCGUCGUGUAUUUAUUAAAGAUGUUUAUUUUUCUAAGAGUCCCAGCUCCGUAUUAUUUUCUAUUUACGAAAUGAAGUUAUGAAAUGAUAGAAAUACAAUAAAAUGCUUUGUUUAAAAAAUA